AUGUUGUCCAUACGAACGAUCACAUCUCAGCUAAACAAAUUAUAUCAAUUAGGGCACCGUUACCCUCAGUUGAAUCCUAUGAAGAGCAACCGGAAUGACUGGAGAAUGGCUGUACUUGGUGCUGCAGCGGCGUCUUUCACGAUGGUGAUCUAUGUAAAACCUUUAUCGCCAAUGUAUUUGUUAGAACAAUGGAAACAACUUGUGAAUGAUUGGAAAUCUGGUAUAAUUGUAUGGAAUGAAUCUACAGCUCAUGACAUGACUUCCGAGACUCAUAGAGCCUUUGAUGAGAUUACAAUCCCUGGCGAUAUCACAUUGUUCAGUCCACAUGUACAGACACUUGAGCAUAAGACAACGAAAAGAAAACAGGUACUUGAACCUCAGUUAUUACGUCAAAAUGAUAAAGAAACAAUUGAUGACAAUAUUUUAUCGAUACCCUUACCACCACCAACUCACGAUUUACAAAUGAUAGAUACUGAAGGAAUCAGUCUUAUGAUUCCUGUAACAAAUGAAAAUUAUCAUUCCACUAAAACAUCCGAGGUCAUGGACACUAAAAUUGAACUGAACCCUAACACUGGAGAGAUUAAUUGGGAUGCACCAACACUAGGUGGACUUGCUAAUGGCCAAUGCGGUAAAGAAUUCAAAUUGGCAUUCUCCUGUUUUGUUCAUUCACAUACAACACCAAAGGGAGUGGACUGCAUCAAGAGUUUUAACAGAAUGCAAGAUUGUUUUACUAACAACAUCACAUAA